AUUACCCGAUGCCCGUUUGGGCCAUUUCUCUCGCUCUCUGCCUUUCCCUCCUGUGAAAUCUUUGUUCCUCUACCGUGCUUCGACGAUGGUCCCAUGGAGACCGAAGAAGAAAUUUCUGUAGCCUACGAAGAAGUUUACGGGGCCCCGCGUACAGUUCCGAUCAUCAUCAUCGGCAUGAACUCGGAGCCCAAACCUCAACUUUCCCAGCUUCUCAGCCCCGUCUGAUAUUAAAUCCUCCAUCUUAAGCAAUACACAUAUCCAGAUUCUUUCAGAUCUACCCGCGCAGAAGGACGAGGUGGAGUAGGGAGUUACGUCUCUUUCAGAUCUACCCACGCAGAAGAAGACCCACUCAGAUCUCUUCUCCUCUUUUAGAUAGGCGUUUUGGACGGAGUCACUUACCGCUACCUACUCGUCGGCUCUAGCAAGCAUACCAAGAAAAGCAUGGUUUUUGUGAACGAUUCCCUGUAGCAGCUUUCAGUUCGAUUUUAAGGUUCUCCUGUGUUAUACAGAGUGAAUUGAUUGAAGCACUAGUGGCUCAUCUGUCGCCUGGCACUGUUCGCUGUGGAUGCCAAGUAGUUUCAAUAAAAUUGGAAACACUGACUUCAAGUCCAAUACUUCUAAUGCAUGAUGGAAAUGGACUGAGGUGGAGUAGGGAGUUACUUGGGACGAAAUCGAACCGAAGCCUUUUGGAGAAGACGAAAUCAAACACAGCAACUCAUUGCAGCAACCCUUUUCAGAAACGCACGACUUCUUUUCAGAAAUCCUCAGAAAAUGCAAUGUGCGGCACAACCGUUGGUGAGGAUGUAGGACCCAUGACACAGAAUCUCUGACCACCGGUUCACCACCCCCGUGCUGCACUGGCUCCUGUGGAGCUCUCUCGACUUAUUCCAAUAAGAAAAGCUACCACCUUUCCAUCAAGUUUCACAUCGCUGAUCCCUGCUACCUUGCUAGCUUAUCCUUUCGCUUUCGUUGGUCUCCUUAGCCUUCUUCCGAAGUUUUUCUUUCUUUUUUUAUUUUCCCUGAAAAUGAACCGAAAACAAUUUCGUUAAUUCUUACUUUUUUUUCGGGAAAAAAAAAAAAACAAGGAAACUACGCCAAAGCUACCAUAUCAAUCGGGGAACCCGGAAUAUACGUAAAAGCAAUGAACCUCUUUCUCUCUACAGAUUGCCCACCUCCAAAAUAGUCGGAUAUCUUCUAGAUGUCUGUCUUUCUUUAUACAGAUUCCAGAUUUCCGUUCCCCCAUUUGUUCGAUCGAGCUGUACAUAAAAGCACGUAGUAGUAUAGGAGUACUAGACAUGCCAUGCGUACGUAGGACAUAUUCAUAAUUCUUCAGGUUUCGAAAUUUUAAUUAAAGAGAAUCCCGAUCGAGGAAUCCGUCAAAGGAUGAAUUUGAAUGGAGUCGUCGCGGUUGUGCUGGCUCUGCUCGCGUACGCGGCCCGGCGCAUAUACGCGCAGAAUCGGCUUCUUGUGCCCAUGACUCUGGUCCAAAAGGCUUCUGCUCUCGGUGCUUUUUGCUUGGAUGGAAGUUUGCCGGCGUAUCAUCUGCACAGAGGAUCCGGGACCGGAACAGACAAAUGGCUUUUGCAGUUCGAGGGUGGUGGGUGGUGCAAUGAUAUGGCGUCGUGCUUGGAGAGAGCCAAAACACGUAGAGGAUCUACACGUCUCAUGACCAAGUGGGAAGUCUUUUCUGGAAUUUUAAGCAACAAUGCUUCUUUGAAUCCAGAUUUCUACAAUUGGAACCGUGUGAAGCUUAGAUAUUGCGAUGGAGCCUCAUUUGCUGGAGAUGCCAAGUUCGACAAUGGGACGUCAUUCCUUUAUUUCAGAGGGCAAAAGAUUUGGGAAGCAAUCAUUCAUGACCUUCUCCCAAAAGGUUUGGGGCAUGCACGCAUGGCUUUGCUUUCAGGUUGCUCUGCUGGGGGUUUAGCAUCCUUUUUGCACUGUGACAACUUCAGCAAGUAUUUACCAGAGAAUGCCAGUGUGAAGUGCUUGAGUGAUGCUGGAUUUUUUCUUGAUGAAAGAGAUAUAAGUUCGAACUAUACCAUGAGAUCCUUGUACAGAGAUCUUGUUUCGCUACAGGGGGUUGAGCAGAAUCUGGAGAAAACCUGCACCAGUUCCCUCAAAUUGCCUUAUUUGUGCUUCUUCCCGCAGUAUGCAUUGAAAUACAUUAACACGCCAUUCUUUGUCUUGAACACGGCAUAUGAUGUAUUCCAAUUUAAUCAUAUAUUGGUGCCACCUUCGGCUGAUGUACAUGGAGACUGGAGUCAUUGCAAGCAGAAUCCAGCUGCAUGCAAUGCAAACCAGUUAGAAACAUUGCAAGGCUUCAGGGAUGAUAUGCUUUUAGCAUUGAGAGGGUACGACAAAUCAAGAGUGGGGAUGUUCAUAAAUUCAUGCUUUGCUCAUUGCCAGAGUGAGUCCCAAGACACAUGGUUCAGAGAUGACUCUCCGAGAAUUCACAAUAAGAGCAUUGCAGAAGCAGUUGGUGAUUGGUACUUCAACAGAAGGAUGAGUACCCAAGAGAUUGAUUGUGCAUAUCCGUGUGACAGUACCUGCCACAACCUUAUACCAAAACCAUAGCCAUUGGCUCAGAAAUGUCGCAGGUCCUAUAUAAAAAGAUUCGAAGUUUACGAGGAAAUGAUACAGUUGUUCUCACAAGGUUCUCUAAAUGCAGCCGUUUGGUAGCUUUUGAAGAGAUUCACCGAAAGGAAAAUUACUUUUAUAUUCAUACGUGGUGAUGAUUUCAAUGUAUCUACAAAAUGAUGAUUAGAGCAUUGUUAAUGAAUUAUUCAUAUGUAAAAAUACAGUAACGUUUAACUAUUAGAAAUGAAAAGAGGAUUGCAAUGGAUUAGCUAAA